AUGAAGCUUUGUAAACUUCACCGGGCCAAGGUGCGUGUGAGAUCAAACACAAAGUUCGGAUUUGAGUAGACUGUGGAUAGCCAGAGAAUAUGACAAGAAUGUGGAGAGGAGCCACCACAAAUGGACGGCAAAUAACCAGCCUCAGUUGCAUACGUGAGUAUUUUGUGUGAUACAUCAACCUUCCAGAAUAUCAAACUUUGUUUCGCCAUCUUUAAUAAAAACAUUUUGCAGCCAAUCUUGGAUUGCAGGGUUGCUACCGUCAUGCAUAAAACAUACAAUCUGUACUUGUACCGAUUACAGCAUAGCAGACCUGAGGGUAUAGAGCACCAAAAACCAGUGCGGUCCAUGUCCGGCGACAAUUGUUCGGCUAGAGUUUUACUUGCAAACAUCAAAGACCGUCGAGGCCAGCAUCUUUUCUGGGCCGGGCAUAAUCACAUGCGCAACUUUCUACUACUUUCAACGGCGGUGCCGGCUGGUAAUGGGAUCUGGAAAUAACACCAAGGAAGAGUCCCAUCGGAGAGCAUAGCCAAGUCACAACGCACUGCGUUUAUAGUCUAUUGAUUCUUUCCCAUGUAUACGGUCACCCCGAGACUGUCAUCGCGCAAAUUCCCUACACAAUGUCAAGCGUUUUAUAAAAUAGAAAACAUUGUUUUCUGUCAUAGCUUCGGGGUCUAAGUUGGUGUAAGUCCAGACGAACGCUGCCCACGGAGGAGUGCGCAUGCAAGAAAAAUCGUCAGGCACCCACUAGUGUGCUUACUUGCUGUCUUAUGUCGUGUAGUAGGCUAGAUGACAACUUAGAUGCCAAGUUGAUAGCCGAUUAACAGCUGGCCAGUGUAUAAGUUGGUCAAGUGUGCUAACGAAUCACUAAUUUAUAGCGUCUGAGAUUGAGCGGCUGCCCACGCAAAGGUGCACUGAAGUGGCGUUUCGUAAAACUACAGACAGUUGGCCUGCAGUCGGGUGCACUCGAAUCUAAAUACAAACACAGGCAUCUCUUACGUGCAAUGGAGAAACGGCAAGGGUGGCUAGCAUUCUUACGAUGCCAAGAAUGCUAUGAAUGUAUUACAAAUUGUGAGUCAUUUAAUCACGGCGCCGACCAACACGCCGCGCUUGAUUAGCAUCGGCAUUAUUUUGGGCUUACGCAAAGCUCGGCGAAGAAAGAGGUAGGUCAGGACUCGGAUAGUGUCCGAAGGUAAAAACAAUAAUGAAAACAAGACUGGAAACUACAACGAUAAUGCAUUGACUUUUAAACUAAUGAAUAAGAGGCGCCGUAAAUAUGGGCCAGGCUGAUAGAGCUUAAGCUUUAACCCCAACUUAGGAUAGCGCUAUUUUGCCAAAUUAUGUGUCGGAGGGACACUUUGGAAUAUCGGUGUUUCGACCGUGUCCACCUCACCACAGUUCCUGCCGUUUCUAAUCUGCAACCUCAGUAUCGAGAUGGACAUAUGCACACCGAUAUAUGGGUGCUCCUUUACAGCAGGUGCAUUGCAACGCACCUGCGUUAACAUGUUAACGCCUACUAUAAGGCGUAUUUGAAUCGCAAUAGAUCUUCCUCCGGCACUACCCAAUCUUUGAAGGAGUGGAGUGAACUUUUUAGUCUGAUCCGCUUAAGGAUGAAGACCAUGAAGAGACAGUGCUUGUGUGGGGAUUCUCCUGAGUUAUGACCAUUCAUUUACGCAGGACGUGGUCAACAACAGGGACCACGAACCUUUAAACACAGCCACAAUACCCACAAAUAGGGAAUGGUUCCUGUUGUAAAACUAAAAGAGGUUAAUUAAAACAAAUACUCACUUCAAAGGUUACAAUAAUAUUUCGGAAAAAAAUACAAAUUUGACAUAAAAGUGUCCGAUGAGACAAAGAACGAUUUAAGGCAACAUGACAAUACUUACUACUGAUAAUUUCCUCCUUGCCAAAGCGCGAUCACUUUUCGACACAGGUCAUCGUUGUCAUACCUGAUUACCAAUUUGAAUAAUCGCUUGUCUACCAUGUUAUAUCUUUUGACUAUUGUGAAAAUCGUAAAAAACUGUACAAAGUCUACCGAAUGUUUAUUUUUUCGUCUCUCAGUCCCAUUUUUCUCAUUUAACUUCCCCUGGUUCUUGCAUGCCUUUAUACUAACCACCAUACUUAACUGUGCUUUAAUGGUGUUUUCUUUGUGUGCUCACCUACACUUUCAGUGUGUCAUUCGCUCUCACGGUGGUUGAUUUUUAUCUCUUCUCUUAUUACAUUUAUGUUUUAGUGUAUCAAUUCCAUUUUUUCAUUCAUAUUGCUUUGGUCCUCAGGUGCAAAUAGAGGACCGAUUUUUAUCUAUUCGUGAUUGUCAGUGUCGUGCUGUCUGGAUGAAACUUAUAAGGCUGCUCUAAAACUCUUCAACCUACCAUCUUGUCUAAUUCUAACCCCAUUUCCCCUGUUGGGGUGAAGAGUUCACAACCCCGUAAAAGAUGACAAACUUUUGGGAACAACUGGUAAACGGGCUAUAUGUUUCCUGGAAUCCCUUUGCCCAUAGGUAAUCGAAAAAUCUACUCCUUAAAACUUCGGUAAUCGCUAGGAAAUAUAACUCAGUUCGGCAAGACUUUUCCGGGAGUUUGGUCAUCUCCAUCUCCACGUACGCUCGCCAGUUUUUAACAGUUCUCGCGCAAACGAGACCACGUCAGUAAGGCCGGGCCAACGUGCGCACGCCUUCUCCAAAAAGUGGGAUUACGCACAUUAUUUCAAUAAAAAGGAACUCUGAGUUUUCUGAGAUUGAUGGGCAUCGGCAGAUGUUAGCAGCCCCAAAUUCCUUACGACAACUGUCAAUAACAUGUAGCGCUGGGAGUCCUUGUCUUUCAUUAUCGACGUUCCAGUAUCUUAGUGGUUCUCUGCCGCCCUCAGAUAAAACACUUACGGGUAGCAAGUGUUUACGAACUUCAUACGCCCUUGAUAACUACUGCAGAAGGCGGGGGACCGAAGGGCCACCUUUACAGGAAAGAUAUUUUGGCUUUGAUCACCACUGAGGUAGCCCAGCACGUUACUUUCUACAAUUGACAUCGGCCGUUUGUAGGCGUCAAAAUUUGUCAAUCCAUAAACUAACUGUCUGUAGAUGCUUUUGCUGCCGUUUACUGAAAAUUCGUCUUUCAAAAUCUGAAGGUCGGUCAUCAGUCCGAGCAACAACAAAUAGGGGAGGCCCAUAAGGGCGCAUACAAGAGGGUGCACGAUCGCCAUCAUAGGCGAGACUCUCGCGCCACAAGUGACAACUUCGUUGCUCUUAACGUUUAUGUUACACUUCAACACUAUUGCCAGUUCAACUGUCAGUAUAAACAGGAUCGUAAUUCGAACAUACUACACACGUCGGUAUUUUAGCUAUGUAUGUACAUUGGCCAAUGGUAUGGCUAAGCAUCGAAGGAGAGUAAGACUUCACAUCAGUUAUGAUUUUAAACCACCAGGCGUCCGUGAAAUAGCACAUUGCUAGUAUUAAAAAGAUUCUCUCAAAUUAUGGAAAUACUAUUAAAGUAUACAAAAAGAACUCACAAAUGCUCUUUUUACAGACCUCGAAUUCCAGUGAGAUUAGUAAGACUAGAAGUGUAGCUUUAAAGACGUAGGCCUUCCUGCGGUGAAAAAGAACCGCAAUACAAUCAGUAGGUUUGUAUGUGAUACAGCGUUCAAUGGUCAAUAAAAAUCCUCAAUUCAAGGUCCCCGGUCAGAACGACCGUACUGAAUUAAUCAUUUUCAUUCUCACUGAGAAUACUUGUUUUUCAUUUUGAGUAAUCUGCACUCCCCCAUUAUCCGGGGUCGUUCACGGAAAACUAGACCACUGCAGCUAAUGAAGUCAAAGACGUCCAAACAUAUGUCUGUAAUUUUUUUUUCUUUUUUAACUUUAUCAUAAAUAGUUUAUUUUAUAUAGCAACAUACACUACUGUACCUAUCUUUCUAAGUCGACUUCUUGGACGUCAUUGCCACCCAAAUACCCAUUUACUUCAUUUUUGAUACCGAAUUUAAAAUAUGUAUAUUACCAUCUACGAUACAUCCUCAAUUUUCUGGAUGUCUCCCUGGAGGUUACCCGCGGUUAGCAGUGUUGGGAACGUCCUACGGUUGUGCUGUAAAACGCAUAAAACUGAAAAAGAGGAGGUUGGUGACCCAUGUGAAAGAAAACAUGAGAUUUGACCAGUCGAAUUUUUGAACUCGAAGCAAACUCAAUUACCGUUUACUUGUUGUUAGAGGUUACCCUUCUCGAUUAAGCAAAUCUGAUUAAGGACUUUAAUGUCUGAGCAAAUUCCCAUCAGUUCUUUCGCUGCAUUUUUAUCGACCUCGAGUCCCCGAAAAGGCACGAGUUUGAGGCUUAUCUCCCUUUCAUGUGAGUUCAAUCUGUAAGGGAACAACUUGUUUAUUUGUCGAUGACCUGGCCCCAUAUCACUUCAGGGCCGUGACUUGAUGGAAUUAGAUCUCUAAAGACUUAUUUAUCAUUACAUUCCCUUUUUGGACGUACUUGGCCUUAAGUUGUUUAAUACCAGAAAAAGUCAUCUACGCCGUCAUGCUGUUGCUUAAAAUAGCCUCACUGUGUCUCCCUGCGGUCCUCUGAAACUCCUGUACAACUACUUAUGCCAAUUCUUUCCAGCUGCUGGUGUAGGGGUGGGAGGAUGUCCAGUUUCGUGUUCAUGUGACGGUCGUAGUAGGUCGCUCAGCUGCCAGCAUGUGUGGGCUACGCCUAGCGUCCAUAAACUAGUAUUUAACUCUCACAGGUGGCUCCCGAAGCCAGACUCCGUCUAGCGGCUAUACACACGGCAACCGCCCCGAUGGACGGGUUAAACCAAGUGAGGACAUCCGUGUGCGCAUCUCCACAUACGGCAACUCGAUUCCCCUCCCACCACCGUUGGUCGAACGGAUCACUGACACGUCAUCACCGAGCUGAGUCUCCGUCUGCAACCCCACAGAAGGUCAAAAGGUAAGUGAACUCUCAGGUAAGCUGAAUACCGCUUGAUUGCCUUUGCCUGCUCACCCUUGCAAAUUCAGCACUCAUCAUAUCACUGACCCAGUGGCCGGAAGGCCAGCGCCUUUCUGCUCCUUCGUGUCUAUUCUCUGCCCUUCUCUUCCGCCAUUCACUCUCCCCUAAUUUCAACUCUAGUCUAUUCUCUUACCCAAUGAUCAAAAGUCCUACGUAUUACCGCAUCGCCAUUUUCAAGAUGAGGCUUUGUCUGCAAGCCCUCAGGAGGCCACAGGGUAAGUGACCGCCACGUAGGACAAAUACCGACCGUAGGUCGCAAAUGCAAAACAUACGGUCGAAACAGCCAAACACGGAACUGUUUCUCUCUCUCUCUCCACCCUCCUUCUCCUCUCUGCCCCACCCCAAAGACUGCUACGGUGAGUCAGUUCACCCUGGCAGCGUAGAAUGUUUGUUCUCUUUUAGACAAUACCUGGAGCAACCGACGGAACUGAAAACGCCGCUAGUCGCUUGGGAACUGGUGCGCAACAAGGUGGACAUUGUUGCACUCAACGGGACCCGUGUCUCCAAAUGAGGCCAAAUGGAGGAAUUGGGUGCCAACAAACAUCUUUUUUGUCGACCGACGCGGGAGAAGGCGACCUGGAUACACCCUCGGUCGCCAUACUGGAGCCUACUGGACCAUGUUCGCGUUCAAAUGUGAGGCCAUCACAACGUGCUGAUGACAAGGGCGAUCUCGGGUGUCGACGGAUGGCCGACCAUCUCUUCGGCCUCUCUUAGACAAAGAUCCGCCUAAAACUAUACAGAAGACCUCAAAUUAAGCGUCCCUAAAUAAGCUGAAUAUUGCUUUGCUGCUUUUGCCUACUCACAAUCUCCAUUUCAGCAAUGCGCUAGAUCGACGAUUAGCCACACUUCCAGUCUUCGCGUCCAACGUUGCCAACGUGAAUGCCUCCGUGGAGAACCGAUGGGGUCAAGUGAGAGACGUAAUUCAGUUGGUGGCCCGUCGCGCACGCCGUCAAUAUCAGAACUGUUGCGACGACAACGAAGACGCCAUCAGCAACCUACCCGCUGAGAAGAACAGUCUGCACAAAUUCUACGGUAACCGCCUCACCGAUGACAAUAUAGCAGUUUUCUACUGUGGUCGCCGCCUUGUGCAGCGACGGUUGCGGGAGAUGCCUGAGGCCUGGAUGGCUCGCAAGACUGAGAAGACUCGAGCGUACACGGACCGUAAUGAAUAG